AUGGCCUUAGCAGCAGCUGGUCUGUCACACCUCAUUGUGGAUGACUUGUUAGCUGAAAACUCAGAACCACAAGCUGACAUGGGGCAAGCAUUUUACGCUGGAAAUGAGGGUGUUUGGAGUCCAGUCUUAUCUGAUGCUAGCAUGGCCAGUAAUACUGGUCCUGAAAAUAUCCCACCUCAGCUCACAGUGCACAUUGAAUACCCUCAUGAGUUCAAAACUGAGAUCCACCCCCAUUCUGGCCAUGAGACUCUACUCCAAACAUUUGAGGAGUUCAGUGUUGCCCCAGAGGCACAUAAAGCACCUCCUGCAGACAAGGAACCUUGGCAUCCAUUCCAAUCACAUGGAGACUUUGAGUUCUCUGAAAUUGCACUUGAAGCUGCCCUCAAUAAGGGCUAG